GUCCUUCUCCUCAACAUUCAGUGUGUUCAAAAUUCACUCUUUUUUGGUUGCUCGUCGCCAUUACGCUCAUUACAUUUGCUAUAGAAAGCACCUCACUCAUUUUGAAAAUUGGAAUCGUUAUUGACUUCAUUGACAUCGUGGGUAUCAUUAGUUUGAGGAGAAAAUAUAAUACGCUGAGUUUUCGCCGAUACAUACGAAAGGAAGAGAGGAUAUACACGGAACCAAAAGCGCAUCAGAGAUCUUGCAAUACGAGCCGAAUUGGGUUUGAUCGCAGAUUUCACUACUUUCACAAUGCAGUUCCUCAAUGUACCAAUCGCAAUUGCUGCAGCAGCAAUCCUAUUAUUACCUUGCGAAGCCAAGCUGGGCCAUGGACCUUCCCCUCUCGAUAUUCUACAAAAACGACACUCUCAUAACAGACUUCAUGCGUCGCCACGAGCAGAAGAUUCUAAGAACUUAUUACAAAAGCGUGGUACUUGCGCAUUUCCAACGGAUGCUGGGUUGGUUGCCGUUACACCCGAUUCUACAAACGCGGGAUGGGCAAUGAGUCCGGAUCAAGCUUGUACUCCAGGCUCAUAUUGCCCAUAUGCUUGCCCUCCUGGUCAAGUGAUGGCGCAAUGGAAUCCAAAAGCCACUUCAUACACUUAUCCAUUGUCUAUGGAUGGAGGAUUAUACUGCGACUCGAAUGGCAAGAUCAGCAAACCAUUCUCCAACCAACCUUAUUGUGUGUCAGGAACUGGUACAGUUGGAGUCGUAAAUAGCUGUGGUGGAAGUGUUUCGUUCUGUCAAACGGUUCUACCUGGGAAUGAGGCUAUGUUAAUUCCAACAUCAGUAGAUGGAUCAUCUCAGUUGGCGGUCCCAGGUACAAGCUACUGGUGUGAAACCGCAGCUCAUUACUAUAUCAAUGCGCCAGGAGUCUCGACUGCCGAUGCUUGUAUUUGGGGUGAUGGUUCAAAACCUAUUGGAAAUUGGGCUCCAUAUGUUGCCGGAGCCAACACGGUCGCCAACGGUGAUACCUACCUUAAGAUUGGUUGGAAUCCAAUUUGGACAUCCUCCUCCCUUUCAGAUACCAUGCCUACCUUUGGUAUCAAAAUCGAAUGUUCUGGAUCUGGAUGUAAUGGGCUUCCUUGUUCAAUUGAUCCAUCGGUUGUUGGAAUUGGAGGAGUUACCAGCGCCGACCAAGCUUCAGGGGCUGGAGGUGCCAAUUUUUGUGUUGUUACUGUUCCUUCAGGCCUGACUGCUGAUGUUGUGGUUUUUGAGCUUGGCGGUUCCGGAUCUUCGGCUUCUUCGUCAUCUAAAGCUGCUUCAAGUAGUGCUUCGCCAACUCCUUCACCAACCCCAACCCCAACUCCCAGCUCAUCAUCUUCUAUUCCAACUACUUCGUCAACUCCACCUCCGUCAACUAGCAGUCUUAUCUCGUCUACAUCUACAUCUACAUCUACAUCCGCAUCUACCUCUUCCUCUUCAUCCUCCUCCUCAUCUUCCUCCUCCUCCUCCUCCUCCUCCUCCUCCUCCUCCUCCUCCUCCUCCUCCUCUUCCUCUUCCGCAAUCUUAUCCUUGUCGAUCUCUAUCAAAGCGAGCCCAACUUCCUCACUUUUCAGUCACACAACAACCUCUAUUAUUGCUUCCGCCUAUCCAACCGACGAGGCUCACGUGUUUCUUCAAGCUGGAAAUUCCACUGUCAGCGCAUCGAGUGUUCUCCUGGCCCAAACAAUGUCCAGCACUGGUACUGCCACUGGGGCAAUGAGUCCAAUUGCAAGCGCCGCCGAAACCGCUUCUGCAACUGCAACAGCGUCAAGUGAUAAGAAAUCAGCAGCUACAUCAACUGAAUUAUCAAAUUCGAUAUUCGGCCUCGUCCUACUCCUUGCCAUCGGCUGCUUAAUCUAAUUUCUGCCAUUUGAUGAUACUAUAUCCUCAUUCUCAUCGUAUAAUUUCCUAUCUCCUGGAUAUCUUUCCGAAUACUAUCUUCUAAUACGUCUGGACCACGUAAUAUUUUCUUCGGCUUCGCCUUUAUCAUGACUUCACUUUCUGUCCAACACAUACAUUCUUAUAUUAUUUUUGCUCAACGCAACACUCACUUUUCCUUCGAAUUAUUUCUUCAACCCAAAUAUAUUACCGAUGGUACAGGAGUUCCCGAAUACUCCAUAUACCAGACAUGACACUUUUGAAAUCUAUCGAAACUAGUUUCAUUGCCAUUUUUUCUGUCUUAUUUAUACCCCUAUUUUUAUGCUUUAUUCGUAACACGGAUUGGAGAGAGAUGGAGUGAUGGAUUCGAGUGUUUUCACUUGAUUGCUUUUUUUAUUUAAUUUUUUAUGAUGCGUAUACGUGAUUGAUGUUCAUACACGAUUCUUUUGGCGCGGACUUUAGUCUUUUUGGAACGAACUUUUUACAGGGAUAGUUUCUGUCCUAUUUCUUUCUGGUGAAGAUUGGACUGGAAAUAUGGAAAGGCGAGUGGGCUACUCGAGCUUUACUUGGUGGAUGGGUGGCUGGACUUUGGAAUUAUACGUAUAAUAUUUAUAUCUAAUGUUGAGAUAUGGUGAUGGUUGGAUGGCAGAGCAGUUGACACUGGUGACAUAUAAGUUGGGAUCGGAAUUAGUAGAUGAGUGAAGAUGGGAAGAGAGAAGAAACGGCAUGCUUAUUUGGUGCGAAAUUGGGUGGUGGAUUGGAAGAUAUGAGAUGAGACUGAAGAGGAUGGUUUGGCUAUGUAGUGAUGGAAUGAAUGAGGAUGUUGUUCUGACGGUUAUACCUACUUUUUCUGUUUGGUUUGUCACUAUGACAGUGUUGUGUCUAUCCCCUCUACUUCCUUCUAUAAGGGUGAUAGAAAUUUAGACAUUGCAAAUUCCUAUCGUAACUGUUGUACGAUGAUUCAACACAAACAUUACGGAACGUGCAGUAAUGGAAGAAUCCUCCAGUUGCCCAUUCCAUUCCAAUACCAUCACCGAAGAACAGCCCCAAAUAUCUCGAUCCAUCUCAGUUAUACAUCUGUCAUAAGUUUCCACACGAGAAAAUAGCAAGUUCCGAAUUGCAAGAGAUGAAAAUCACUACUGUACAUACAGAAGUACCGAUAGAUAAAAACA